AUCAUGCAGCUAUAUAUUACAGUACCAUCUAUUUCAUAGGAAAAAACAUUGAACACUAUUUUCUCUCUUUUUUUUUUGAGGGGUACAAUAUUUUCUCUUGAUAAGUAAAACAUGAUGGGACAGAAUAUUGGUAUGGAUACAUGAUCCAUUUUGAGGUGAGCUAUGUAUAACCAUUUUCUGAGUCCACAUGCAAGGAACCUUACGUUGGGAGGCGUAUUCAGUGCAUUAAGGGUCAUGGGUACAGUACUCGUUUAGGUGAGAUGUGUUAGGAUUAAGAAUAAAAAAUCGGAAGUUCUGAAUUUUUUUCCCAUCAUUUCCCCUUUUUUGCCUGUAAGCUUUUUGCUAAUGUUAUCACUGGGCUCCUUUUACUUUUAGAGCCCUAGUUAGUGUGCUUGCAUCCAUGGGAAUAGCAUAGAAUCAUCAAUGAGCAGUUGCUGACUCACUAUUCUCCAAUGGAACCAGACAAAACGAAUGGUGUCAUUGCAUAUGCAAUGUUUUGACCAUGUGGGAUAGGGUGGUUAGCAAUCUCAAUUUCUCAAAGAGUAAAAAACUGUUUGCAAACAGAAGAUUCACAUCAGCUCUUGAACACUGCGCCAGCUAUAUGCUGGAACGCCGAGAGAGGAGUGAAGAAUCCAUGAAAUCAAACUGUCAGUUCUGGGCUCAAAACAAAAGUAGACGUGGGAUGGAGAACAUACAGAGAACCAAGUAGACAAGACGGUGCAGCAUGUCGAUCAUGUCACAUAAUUCGGUGGCAGCUACUUGCAAGCUACCAGCGCUUUCUGAAGAAAACCGAGGGAGAAAAUGUUCAAGGGGGAAACACAUCAGAGAGAGUAGAGGCAAGAUGCCAAGAUGUGGCCACUGCACCAGCAGGAUAUAUACAUAUCAUCGCUGCAUUAUUAGGAUAUUUGAAACACACAACAUGUUGCGACCAUAACUAGAUGUCUAGAAAAUCUUGUUCGCAGAAUGUAGUCUUUUCGGUCUACGUCAGUCAUGUCGUGGCACUCUUUCGGAGAACCAGAGAGGAUCUGCUCUCUUAGCAUGACAAUGAGGUUAUAAUAGUGUGUUGGGCGUCGUGCUGCCCAUGUGGGGACAAGUGUCCCUCCAUCAGUCACCCGGCAAUUAUGGCAAAUUCCAGCAGAAAGCCAUUUCCCCUGCCUGAAAAUGUAUAACAGAUGAUUGGAGUCACUGGAUCUGUUCGCCACGAGGCACCAUGUUCCUCUUGAGGAAAACAGGGUGGAUCUGUUUGCAGCUCUUGUUAACACCAUUUCUCUUCAACAGAAAUCCCUGAAGCAUCGUUAGAUCCCGGUAAGUAACUUUUUGCAGCUCUUGUUCACAUCACUGUAGUAAAUUUCUAUGCAACUUUCUCCAGUGUCCACCCUUAAACAUCUGUAAUGAAAUUUUUAGAUUCAUUCUGUUUCAUCCAUCUAGCUGCACAUUGUGGAUGGUAUCUAGCAAAUGUAACCUCCACAUCAUCUAGUUAGUGAGACAAGAGGUGCAGAAGCAUAACAAUAAAAAAGCCCAGCCAGUCUCCUACACUACAGACUACACUACCCUACAGUGUGUCCUGUCAGUAUACAACCCCAACAUGCAACAUGCAGUAGUAGCCCAGGGGGGCUGUCUAUCACAUGGCCACCCUAAGCCAAUGUAUGCAGGGAACACACUUCCAGGCUAAUCAAUCAUUUGCUUUGCUGCUUAAUCUUUCUCAUUUUAGCUCACUAAUCAACACCGCUUCCUGCGUGAUGACACAGCUAAGGUCUAAUCCUCACGCUUAAACAACCAAUCAAGCAAGCAAGUUGGGCUGAAGAGAUCUAAACUUCUGGCCUGGUACUUGCAGCGGCGUUCAACUUUUUCGCUUUGACCCCAACCGCACGCACCUAAUCAAGAUUCUCGCGCUUGGUUAUGGCCACUAACCAGAACAUGCACUGUGAUAUUAUUCUAUCUCCCACAUGUGGUGUUAACUAGUAACCAGUGCUGAUUCCAGCUUGGCCAGACACUUCCCAUUGGCCCUGGGCAUCAUGUUGCCACAAUUAUAUGCUCAUGUUACUAGUUAAUCUCUUGUCUGUCUAUUUUUUGCUGUCACAAGGGAUCUGGAUAGGUUGCAACUGGGAGUAGAAUAUGCGUCCGAGCUGAUCGUCUGGUGCGGAAAUCGACGACCAAGAUCCACUUCAGCUUGGUGAGGGAUCUGUGGUGGGAAGCGGCACGUGUCUGAUCCCUGAGCGUCGCUUCAUUUAUGAUGUUCGAUCCUGGCCGUCGGUUGCCUGACAGGACGGCCAAUUCUUUCCACUUGGUACGGUAGGGAACCCCUUGGUCCCUAUCUAUAAAGGCCAUGCAUAGAGAUACAGGGGAGUAAGCUAUUUGGAGCUGUACUUGCUAGCUGAUUAGCUUCAGACAUCUCACCAGGUGACAUAUAUCAUCUUUCUUUCUUUCUGAGGAGGAAGGAGAAGUAAUGGGGCACAUUGCUGAUCCUACGGGCGCCGUAGUCGUGGGCUGCAAAGUGCUGCCCAUCUUCAACGAGAAUGGCAUCGUGGACGGCGCGGUGAAGAAGAUCGUGCACAGGAUCGACGGGAAGAAGGCGGUCGCCCGGGUGAAGGAGCUCCUCAAGUGGGCUGCCCAGGCCAGGCCGUACGGCAGCAGCAACGGCGUCAGUGGGAAGAAAUGGAAGCAGUUCCUGAGCUUCCAGGGAAGGGACGGUGGUGGUCCUGCAGCACCGGUAUCAAAGUGCGACGACGACGCGAGCUCGGGGUCCGGGUCCGGCGGCAAGCUGAGCUUCAAGUGGGAGGCGGGCAGCUGCUCGUCGGCGUCGUCGGUGCUGUACUCGCCGCUGUCUUUCGCGUCGGCGCCGGCCGGGAGGACGGAGCAGCAGACACCGUCGAGGGGCAACGGGAGCUACAACUACAGCUACAACGCGUACGCGUCGCGGCUGUCGUCGGUGAGCCAGAAGAGCACGUCGUCGGAGGCGUGCCGGAUGGCGCAGUGGAUCACCACCGAUUCAGACUUUGUGGUGCUGGAGCUGUAAGUGAAAAAUGAUACGCAUUGCUGAAGAUGGUGAAGCAGCAGCAGGGGGAUGUUGAGAGGAGACAACAUUUGAGAAACUGGCGAUGACUCAGCAACAAGAGCAGCAGCAGGGGGGCGAUGACUCAGCAGCCUCAUCAAGCUAGCUGGGUAGUUAAUUAGCUAGUGUUGUUAAUUACUCUAGUUUAGUUAGGGCGGGAGCUUAAGCAGACUGAUGAGCCUGACAGAGAAACAAUUAAUCACAAGGAAGGAGGUACAGCUGAUGCAUGAUGGAGCAGCAAAGCAAAGCAAGCAAUGAUGGAGUUAUCAAAUUAAGUCGGAGUGUAUAUACAUUAGCUAGUGUAUAUGCGUGUCUUUUUUGAUUCAUAAAUAAGGUGUACAUGCGUUACGCGUUUUUUUGUUUUUGCUCCUUUUUGAGAUAAAGAGAUGGUUACAUGGUUGA